AUGCGUUCCGAAAAUUUCCCACUGACUAAUAUUUGGCCAAGUGAUCAGGAAAAUUGAACGCCGAAAGUGAAAAUACAGGCGAAAAAAUAAUUCGGCUUGCUCGAACAAAUUGCAAACGCGAAAAUAACGAAGCCGCAGAAUCAAGAAACACAUGUGUGAUGUCAUCGAAUUCGCAGGAUUGCAUCUAUAAUGUUAUUGUCCCAGCACAUUUCAUAGAAAGUUACACACAACCUGACCCUAUACGGAUCGAAUCUGAAUAGUGUAAGAAAUUACGAAUAAUCUAAAUAAUCGACUCGAGCUGAUAUUUUAUACAUGAGGCUUCAGUGUUCAAGUGAAAGUGCCCCGAUACAGAAUAUUGAACAUCGAGUUUAUAUUCUGAAAAGAAUUGUGUGGGUGUAGAAACUAUUCCCAGUAGUGAAUUUUUGUGUGACCAAAUACAAGUGCAUCUAACAGUUAUUUACGAGGUGAUUUUCGAUCCGAUUGUGCAGCCACCGAAACCAAUUCGCCAGUUCGUUCCUGGCGUUGUAGCAAUUCUGGAGAAUUGAUCCACGCUGUUCACACACAUACACACCCCGCUGCUCUUUAUUUUUUGAUUUAUUGCCCAUAGACCGGCGGUGGAAAACUGAAAAAAAGCAAAACCCCACCCCACCCUCAAUACUAUUAGAUCAUUUUCCCGUUUCCCAUUUACCCGUUCGCAAAUAGUCGCGCGAGUAGCUCUCGUAUAACCAUCACAAAAAAAGACAAUUUGCACCCGAGGACCCCGAGUGUCUACCCUCCGUCAACGAUUAACACAACAGCGACGACGACAACGACGAUGAUGAUGAUGCUAUCGGACAAAAUGGAUCGUCGUUGUCCAAACAUUUACUGAACCACUCCCAGUUCGAGGGUUGGUAAAGUAAAGCGCAGCGUGGUUUAGGAGCUGACCCGAAGCUGCUGCCACCAUUGUGUUCCUGUUGGAUUUCACGCCACAACCUUUAUUUGAGAUUGAUAAGGACACCUGCCAAGAAGUAGUGAUAGUGUGCCCGGAAAACGGGAACCAACGUAGUAACGUGAAGUAUAAAGUAGGGACAAGCAAACAACAAGCAGCCAAGAAAGAUGGGAGCGCCACCCGCCAAAAGCCCGUUAAUCAACCGGAAUCUUAUAUCGCUUAAGGUUGUCCUGUUUCUGUUCUAUGCAGGCUUAGGAUGUCUUCACCCCUAUCUGCAAAGGCACAUGACCCAUAUCGGGUUAAAUUACAAGGAAUCGCAAAUCAUCUCGAUUGUGGCCCCACUUGUGGCCCUGUUGGGACCACUGAUCUUCGCCCCGCUAGCCGAUAGACUAGCCGGCAUCAAUGGACCUUCGUACGGCAAACGGUUGCGCUUCAUGGCAUCCUUCUGUAUGAUCUUCUCCGCCCUGCUGUACGCGAUCCUGUUCUUCGUGGUACCCCCGGUUGAACGUCACGAGUCCAGCCGGUCUCAGGUGAGCUUCGCGUGUGAUCUGGAUGGUGCCAUCAUCUUCCAGCAACGCUGCUCCGAGGAACGGACCUGCUACCACUGGAAGCGAGAGAAGAUCGGACACCUAUCGCUCACAAACUGCUCGUACACCUGCCAGAAACCGAUCGAGUUCGAAAAUCUAAACCAUCCGUACACGAACGGAGUGUCGCUACCCUCGUCCACCGAAACUUCCAUCGAGGACGAAGAGUACGAUCUGAUCGAUGAGGAUGCGGAUUCUGCGCCGGCUCAUUUGGAGAUGCCAAAGGUGGAAGUGGAUAACACUCCCAUCCCGGUGCCACAUAUCUGCGAACGUAUGGGUGGACCCGAGUCGGAAAUCUGUCACGCCUACACUCCGGCCACGGAAUCGUUGAAGUUUGAAACCGUCCUGCACAGUGCGGUGAACGAUGAAAAUGAAACGCACAGUGCCGAAUGGUGUCGCUAUCCGCUGAAUGGAUUCUCGUGCAACAUUCCGGAGAAGCAGGUCGCCUGGAUGAAGCUGUUGAUCAACUCGUCGAACUGUACGCCCAAGAUUGAGUGCGAAGUUCAGAAUCCGUACGACAGCGAGAAUAGUGUUCUGGCUGAGAGUGUCUGUAUGAAGAUUGUUGGAGACCCCGAAGUCACAUUCUGGUCGUAUUUGCUGAUUCGCGCUGUCGCAGAUGCCUUCCCACUCGCUGCGAUUGUGCUGUUGAACGCGGCCACGAUCAUUGCGACCCGUGAAACCUCGACGGGACGGGGCGACUUUGGUCGCCAAAUCGUUUGGGGUGCCAUCGGUUGGGGUCUAUUCUACUUUGUGCUCUCGUGGUUCUUCCACACCUAUUAUGUGUAUGUGGUGUUGGUAGUUUUGGCUGCCAUAGUGUUGCUAUUUUCAUCCGGUAUGCCUUUGAGUCCUCCCGAGAUGUGGUGGCAUACAAAAUGUGGUAUGGUAGCGAUUCCCAUGUCAGCCAUUAGGCAAUAUGUGCUGGAAGCGGCUGCUCUUUGCUUCAUUACGUUGAUUUUGGGGACAUUCUGGAGUGUGCUUGACAAUUAUGAGGGUGUUUUGGUGAAAAAUUUCAUCAUUCAUCCGGUGACGGACGAAUACUACGGAACGACCUGGAGUGUGUUUGUGAUAUUGGGGGCCCUGCUUGUAAUACCGGCACUUUGGUACGCGGAACAUAUUGUAGAUUUCUGUGGACAUUCGAACAUCUUGAUUGUGGCUAUCACAACCUACAUUCUUCGAUUUGCACUGUUAGCUAGCGUGGACAUAACGUGGUGGCGCGUGGUUAUCGAUUUUCUGUAUCCGGUUACACUCGGACUGACAUGGUUAACGAUAGUUUUCUAUACGCGCCAUAUUAUUCCUCGUCGUAUCAUCACCACCGGUCAAGCGCUGCCUGUGAUCUUCCACUUCUGUCUGGGUCGAUUCUUCGGUACCCUGAUCGGAACGUGGACCAAGUUGGACUGUCUGAUAACGGCUUUCCAAGCGCUAGCCAUCACCGCCUGUGUUGUUGCCGUCAUCUAUCUGCCAUUGUACCACUUUGUACUCGCGUCCCGUUUCGGACCUCGUCUCAAUACAGUGCCAUCCACGUCCGCUCUGCAUAUCACCGCCCCCGAGGCAAAUGGCCAAACACAGCCCCCACAGCAGCAACUCCUGCAGCCCUCGAACGGUAGCUACCAACCCCUGCGAAUCUAUCACAACUAUCGCGGACGAAAGGGACAUUUUAGAUAUUAAGUUUGUUCAUAAGAUGAAUCCAACUGUUCAAGAUUCCUUCGAAGCAUAAAAUAUUUAUUGUUUUGUUUUCGUUUAUUUUUUUGGAUUAUUUCACCGGUAAGUUCGUUACGAAUAUCCGGCCAAAGUGUAGUUUUUAAAAUAAAUCUUCGAAAGUGAAUUGUAUUACUUUGUGACCGAUAACUGAAGCAAACUUUAGAAUUGUAGAUAAGUUUUUUUUGUUUGUGCUAAGAAACGAGUCUCUCCGUCGCACCGAAACGGUGCGGUUAAUCUUUUUACUAUUAUUAAAUCUCUACGCUUAUACAUUACUAAUAAAUAUAAGUUUUGACUAAGAUUCUACAAUGGUUAGAUAGAUGUCACUAAAUACAAGACAAAAGUCACGCCGCAUAUACUCUGACAGCAGUUAUACUAACAGGUCCAUCAUACCAACGCGUCACAAUAAUACUGAGUGUACCUUGCAUGAUUCAAAGCUUGCUAACAGUGGAAAAAAAAAAGGAAACCAACAAAUGGAGCUUACAACAGAAAGAAUGAUGCGUUGGAAAUGUUUCACACUUCUUGCGCCAGUGAAAUAUUUCCCCCGAAAGCGCCGAUACGCGACUCCAUGUUGUAGAAGAUACGAGAAAGCUUACAAGCCUUUAUAAAUGUCUUUCAGAAUCAAAUGUCCAUUCGAGAAGAAAAAACAUACACAUAUAAAUGUACAUUUACUGAUGUUGGACACUAUGAACAAAAAAAAGCAAUCAAAUUCUCACACAAAAUUUAAAAUGAUAUCAAGCAGAAAAGUGUAUAUUUUUAGGAUAACGGAAUGACACGACUCGAUGGAAAUGUAGUCGAUAAAUCGUACAGAUCGAAACUAUUUAUUGCAGCCAAAAUAAAGGAAAAAUCGCAAAGCUGUAUUGAUGUUAAAGCGCGCUGAUUUAUCAAAGAACAUAGUUCAAGCAGAGUUCUACAUAUUCGCUAAUAAAUCGUGCACCGAGACCAAUUA